AUGGCCGAUGGAUGGACUGAUCGUUGUAGGCGUACUUUGAUUAAUUUUUUAGUUUAUUGUCCUAAAGGAACUGUUUUUCUAAAGUCAACUGAUGCUUCUAAUAUCUCAAAAAUUGCUAAAAAUUUGUUUAAGUUGUUUAGGGAUGUUGUAUUGUUUGUUGGUCUUGAGAAUGUUGUGCAUAUUGUAACGGACAAUGCUGCAAACUAUGUUGCUGCGGGAAGAUUGUUGGAGGCUGAGUUUCCUAAAUUGUAUUGGUCCCCUUGUGCAGCUCAUUGUGUUAAUCUGAUGUUUCAAGAUAUUGGGAAGUUGCAAGAAGUGAGUCAAACUAUGUCACAAGCUUCACUGAUCACUAAGUAUAUCUAUAAUCAUUGCUCUCCACUGUUCUUGAUGAGAAAGUUUACAGAUGGGCAGGAAAUACUUCGUCCAGCUCCAACUCGGUUUGCUACUAAUUUCAUUGCUUUGCAAAGUAUUUUAGCUCAAAAGGAUCCUUUGAGAGCUAUGGUGACUUCUAAAGAAUUUACAAGCUCAGCUUACUCCAAAGAAGCCAAAGCUAAGAAAUUUGUGGAUCAAGUCUUGGAUUCUAAAUUUUGGAGUCAAUGCACUGAUAUUGUUAAGCUUACCUCGCCACUUGUUCAUGUUUUACGUAUUGUGGAUAGUGAAGACAGACCUGCCAUGGGUUAUCUUUAUCAAGCUAUUUAUAAGGCUAGAGAAGAAAUGGUGAGGAGGUUUCAGAAAAGAAAGAAGGUUGUUGAUCCUUAUUUGAAGAUUUUGGAUACCCGUUGA